AGUGCCUGCCGCCCACGUGGUACCCACUGCUCCAGACCCUGUGCCCGCGGCUCCGGCCGCCUCUGACCCUGUGCCCGCGGCUCCGGCCGCCUCUGACCCUGUGCCCGCGGCUCCGGCCGCCUCUGACCCUGUGCCCGCGGCUCCGGCCGCCUCUGACCCUGUGCCCGCGGCUCCGGCCGCCUCUGACCCUGUGCCCGCGGCUCCGGCCGCCUCUGACCCUGUGCCCGCGGCUCCGGCCGCCUCUGACCCUGUGCCCGCGGCUCCGGCCGCCUCUGACCCUGUGCCCGCGGCUCCGGCCGUCUCUGACCCUGUGCCCGCGGCUCCGGCCGCCUCUGACCCUGUGCCCGCGGCUCCGGCCGCCUCUGACCCUGUGCCCACUCCCAGAACUUUGUAUACCCCCAGGCCUGCCCCAAGGCCCCCUGUCUUUGCCCCCAGAACUGUGCCCAGGCUGGCUCCUUGGACUUCCGUACAGACUUUCGCCAGUCCUGGGCACCCACCAAUGUUUGUUCCCGUGUCUCUCCCUGUCCUGGUCCCGGUGUCUGUGUUUGUUCCCAUUCCUGUCCCCGGUGGUUUUCCUGUUCCCGUCCCUGUCACUGUGUUUGUGUCCGUCCCUGUCCAUGUAAUUGUCCCAGUUUCCCUGCCCAGUCUUAUCCAGUCCCAGUUCCCGGCCACUGUCCAGUCUGUGUUUCAACCCCCUGUCCAGUCUCCAUUCCUGUCUAGUGUCCAACCCUCUGUCCCGUCUAAGCCCCCUGUACAGUCUUUGGUCCAGUCCUUGUCCUCUGUCCAGUCUCAGCCCUCUGUCCAGUGUAAGCCCCGUGUCCAGUCUUUUGUCAAGUCCUUGUCCCCUGUCCAGUCUCAGUCCCCAGUCCAGUCGUUUGUUCAGUCUGAGCCCCCUGUCCAGUCCCAGUCUCCGUUCCCUGUCCAGUCUCCGUCUCCUGUUCUGUCCCCUGUCCAGUCUCAGUCCCCUGUUAGGUCGUUUGUUCAGUCUCUGCCCCCUGUCCAGUCUUUUGUCCAGUCCCUGUUCCCUCUCUCUCGGCGCCUCUGGUAGUGGCGCCGUUGAGGGGGGGUAAUGUUACACCUUAGCCCAUGUCUGUGUUAUGUUUCUCCCUCGUUUGUUCCCUAGUGCUCCUGCCCCUCUGUUUACCUGUCAUGUGUUCCCUGCCAUGUGCUUGUGUUGAGUUUUUUGUACCUGUUUCCGCCCUAGCCCCGCCCUAGUCCCGUCCUAACCAUUAGUGUUCUCACCUGUGUCCUGUUUGUAACCCCGCCCCCUCGUCAUCCAAGCCCAGGUGUUUCUCACUCCCCUCCUGUAUUUAAGCCCCUCUGUUUGAAUGUUCAGUGUCGAGUCUUUUGUAUUUUGUCUUUUGUAUCUUGUAUCCAGUAUCCUUUGUAUCCAGUAUCCAGUAUGUAUCCUUGCUACCCGUAUGUUUCCUUGUCUUAGUUUCUUAGUCUGUGUUUCUAGUUUAUAUCAUCCUAGCCUUGUUUUUGCGUUACCCGCGUUUUGUUUAUUGUUUUAUUUUAUCUUGUAUGUUUAAAUAAAUAUAUAUUGCACUUACGUCCAUCCCUCCCUCCUUCG